AUGAGCAGAGAAGGUAUAAAAAAUUAUUAUCAGACUAAAAUUGAGGAAGCGGAAUUAAUUAUAAAUGAAAAAACACAAAAUUUAAGACGUUUAGAAGCUCAAAGAAAUGCAUUGAAUGCUAAAGUCCGUUUGUUAAGAGAAGAAUUACAACUCUUGCAAGAACCUGGUUCAUAUGUUGGUGAAGUUGUGAAAUUAAUGGGUAAAAAAAAAGUUUUGGUUAAAGUACAUCCGGAAGGAAAAUAUGUUGUUGAUAUUGCACCAGAUAUUGAUAUUUCACAGAUAACACCAACUUGUCGAGUAGCUCUUCGUAAUGAUUCGUACACACUUCACAAGAUUCUGCCCAAUAAAGUUGAUCCAUUAGUAUCAUUGAUGAUGGUAGAAAAGGUCCCCGAUUCAACAUAUGAGAUGGUUGGUGGAUUAGAUAAACAAAUCAAAGAAAUCAAAGAAGUAAUAGAAUUACCAGUAAAACACCCCGAAUUAUUUGAAAGUUUGGGAAUUGCACAACCAAAGGGUGUAUUGUUAUAUGGUCCUCCUGGAACUGGUAAAACUCUUUUGGCCCGUGCAGUUGCUCAUCAUACAGAUUGUAAAUUUAUUCGUGUAUCAGGUUCAGAGUUGGUACAAAAAUAUAUUGGAGAAGGAAGUAGAAUGGUCAGAGAAUUAUUUGUUAUGGCAAGAGAACAUGCACCAUCCAUUAUUUUCAUGGAUGAAAUAGAUUCAAUUGGAUCAUCACGUAUUGAAUCGGGAUCUGGAGGUGGUGAUUCUGAAGUGCAAAGAACAAUGUUAGAAUUGCUUAAUCAAUUAGAUGGAUUCGAACCUACAAAAAACAUCAAGGUUAUCAUGGCAACAAAUCGUAUCGAUAUACUUGAUCCUGCACUACUAAGACCUGGUAGAAUUGACAGAAAAAUCGAGUUUCCACCACCUUCUGAAGCUGCUCGUGCUGAUAUUUUAAAAAUUCAUUCACGUAAAAUGAAUCUUACACGAGGAAUUAACUUACGUAAAAUAGCAGAAAAAAUGACAGGUUCUAGUGGAGCUGAAGUAAAGGCUGUUUGCACAGAAGCAGGUAUGUAUGCACUUCGUGAACGACGUGUUCAUGUCACGCAGGAAGAUUUUGAAAUGGCGGUAGCCAAAGUAAUGAAGAAGGGUGAAGAACAGAAUGAAAGUUUAAGAAAACUUUGGAAAUAA